GUGUCUUGUCGAUCAGCUACUUGAUCGAUACAAAUAGAGAGGGUCGAGGGAGUGUGGAAAUCUGCUGCUGAUCAGUCCCUAUACAUACGACAUGGUACUCAACCAACUUAGGUAGAUACUUAUCCUCCGAUCCUCCAUUAUCAUCAUCAAUUCAUCAUCAUCGACUGCCAGAGAUCAACACAGGAGGCGAUCGAGGUCGCAGGGAGCUUAAUUGUAGCGUGGAUCGGCCAUGGUGUGGCUCGGAAUGAUCCUGGCUAUGAUUUUCGCACAGUUGGUCCAGUGGUGGAGCGAAUGGGGGUUCCGGGUCACUGUCCUCGGGAGCUUAGGGGCAAAUGUGGUCGUCGCCAUCCUGUCCGGGACACGGCGGCGCUUGGCUCCCGGCAAGUUGUGGGGGUUCCUAGGCUUGGCGGCUAAGUCGUCGCUGUGGCUUGCAUACCAGGUCACCGAGGCAGCCACGACGAACGCAAUCGGCAGCCUGUCCCUGUGCGGCUCCGAUGCGUCGGAGGAGGAGAAGCUGGUGGUGGCGUUCUGGGCCCCGUUCCUCCUGCUGCACCUGGGCGGACCAGACAACCUGACCGCCUACGCUCUGGAGGACAACAAGAUCUCCAGCCGCAAAUGGCUUGAGAUGGUCACUCAGAUUGCGGGGGUCAUUUAUACCAUCAACAACAACACACAUCGCGGUGUUCGCAGCUGGACUCUGCUACUGGCGGCGUCCGUCGUCAUGCUCUUCUCCGGCGCCGUCAGGUACGUGGAGAGGGUCAUGGCGCAACGGAAAGCCAACUUGGACAGCAUGCAGGAGGACGCCAGGUCGUCAAGCAGCAGCGAGGACGACUUCAAGAUGCUGAAAUGCAUAAUCAAGAGGAACAAGAGGCUGGGGCGGUCGCUCCGCGACAGAGAAGCGCUGCUCCUUGCUCAGGCUCUCUUCCCCGUCUGGCGCCACGCCCUGGUGGAUUCUUCUGUGAAUCCAGCUUCACCAAGGCAGCAAGCCAGCGAGAUGAUCCUGUCGGUGUCGGAGUCGGAUGAGCGGGAGCGCAAGUGGGACUGGAAGAGCAUGUGCAAGGUGGCAGAGAUGGAGCUCUCCCUCAUCUAUGACUUCCUCUACACCAAGGCGAUCCUGGCACACACCUGCUACUACUACCUCGUCCGCUUGUUGUCGCCCCUCUGCACUGCCGCUGCCGCAUUUCUGUUCUGGCUCUGGCUUCAUCCUGAUGAUCAGCAGCAGCAGCAGCAGCAGCCACAGGUCAGGGGAUCUUUCACCGGGAUCACCUACGGCUUGCUGGCCAUUACCUUCAUCAUGGAUGUGGCAUGGCUGCUGAGAGCUUUCGGGUCGACAUGGGCGUAUGCCUACCUACAGGAGCUGGCACCAGCCUGCCUUCGUGGCCGGGCCGCCGGAAGAAGAUGGUGGUGCAGCCUCCACCACAUCGCCGUCCGCCUGGACCCGUUGCAGCUAUUCUGCCGCCAUCCGAUCAGCCACAGGCGGUGGUCGGGCACCAUCGGCAAGUACAAUUUGCUGCACGAGUGCAGUGCUGCCACCACUAGGCAAUGUCAUCCAGAGUGGUGGCCGGUGUCCAUGACCGGAGACGACAAACCCAAAGAGAUGGGGUAUCUGUCUAAGCUUCCUGCAUGCGUGAAGGAACUGCUGUUCCCGCGAGUGACGGAAAUAUUGCAGCAGGCCAUUGAGGAAAAAAAAGAUGGUGAGGAUAAAAAAAACGACGAGGAAAAGGAGAAGGAGAAGGAGAAGGAGAAGAACAAGGACAGGUACCAAAGGAUGCACAUCAGGAAAGAGUGGGGCCACCAGGCCUUACGCAGUGCACCUGAGCUAGUCAAAACCAAAUUGCCGCUGUCGGAAAUGGACCUACUAUUCGGCGAGGAAUUCGUGGAGGACGUCCUCUUGUGGCACAUCGUCACCUGCAUGGUCCUCCUACUCCCGCACAUCGGAGACGAAGCAAGGAAACAUGCGUGUGCAAUUGAGGUGAUGUCGGAAUACAUGAUGUUCCUGGUUGCUGUCCGUCCACAAAUGCUACCUGGACUUGUCCUCCACAGCCAGUUGGAGGUAACCCGCAACAAAUUGGUUGACAUAUGGGAUGGUGCUGAGCAUGGUAACAAACUACCAGAUAAUGAAAAAUGGAACAUGAAAAACAAAGAAAAGCUUGCCAUGAUCCUGCGACGCCUAACGACCGAGAAGCCCGAUGAGACUGAGGAAGUAUGGGUUCAUCCAGUUGAUCCUGAUGAAGGUACGGAACUUCUAGUGCGUGCAGUAAAAGUAUAUUUUAAACUGUCAGGCGACAAGGAACCUGGUGUAAAAAGCAGCGGAGAUGCGAUGUGGCCUCGUCCGCUGCUACCAGGUGAGAUGCUCCAGUUCAUCUUCAAUGUGUGGGUGGAUAAGCUGGUCUACGCGGCCGUCCGGUGCAGCAGGGAGGCCCAUGCCCAGCAGCUCACAGCCGGUGGCGAACUCACAACCGUGCUCUGGAUGCUUGUCCAACAUGCUGGCCCGUUUUGCAUCGGAGAAGCAGAGAAAGCCUACAUCAUCGGGCCUGUGCAGCCUGGUAAGAAGAAGGAGGCUGAGGAGAAGAAGAAGAAGAAGGACGAGGAGGAGAAGAAGAAGAAGGAUAAGGCGGAACCUCGGCCUCCGCCGAUGGCUCCACCUCCGCCGAUGGCUCCAUCUCUACCUCAGCCUUGGCCUACUCCUCCGCCUCCGUGCUGCCCGGUGUGCCCUCCGUUCCACCACCCAUCAUACCCACCCGUGUGCACUCCAUACUACAACCCAUCAUGGCCCCCCAUGUGCCCUUGGUACCCUCAGUGUCCCCCACAACAUGAGAGACCAGGAGACGAACCUGAGGAAGCCAGAGAAGAUGAACACCAAGAUUCUUCUUCUUCUGACGAGGAGUCCGAUGAAUAAUUUGUUGCAUUAUUGUAAUGUAAUCGUAUUGUAUUAAUACCUGCUCUUGAACGAGAGUCCAAACUACGUAUAAUAUUCUAUAUGGCGUGGCACUAGAAGAAUGGCCGGCCUCUUAUAUUUUUUUUUUACAGAAUAAAGUUGUACCGAAUGAUGAGGUUCGGAUAAAUAAAGCUAGGA